AUGGAUCGUGAAUGGCCCUUUGAUGACUUAGAUUAUCUCCUCAACCUAACAGUGGCCAUUAUUUCUGCCAGGCCGCAGCCCCUCAACCCGCCAACAGCCCAAAUCAAGAUAGAAGAUCCGAUUUAUGACAUUGUGGAAGUGCACGAGUACGGAGCUUUGGUUUCCAUGCGCAGGGAAGAGGCCAAGGGGUUCCAAGCUGCUGCUGCUGCUGCUGCUGUGCCUCACUAUCCUCACUCGCCCACAGGCGCCCCUUACAAAGCAUCCAUGGCGGCGGAGCAGACAGAAAAGGCGUUUUUGAAGCAGCCGAAGGUGUUCCUUUGCUCAAAGAAAUCGGGGAAAGGAAAAGCUCCUGGAAAAGGAGGGAACCGCUACUGGAAGAGCAUUGGAUUGGGUUUUAAAACACCAAGAGAAGCCAUUGAAGGCACAUACAUUGAUAAGAAAUGCCCGUUUACCGGCAGUGUAUCAAUCAGAGGACGUAUUCUUGCGGGGACCUGCCACAGCGCAAAGAUGAUGAGAACUAUCAUCGUUAGGCGUAACUACCUGCAUUGGGUGAAGAAGUACCAAAGAUAUGAGAAGAGGCACUCGAACAUUGCUGCACACAUAUCCCCAUGCUUCCGCGUUAAGGAGGGCGAUCAUGUCAUCAUUGGCCAAUGCAGGCCCUUAUCAAAAACAGUGAGGUUCAAUGUCCUGAAGGUGAUUCCGGCUGGUUCCUCGGGUCGUGGGAAGAAGGCUUUUACUGGGAUGUGA